UCAACUUUUUACAUGGGAAAAGUGACAGAUAACAACGAACCAUCGCCUCAGAACUGGUCGAAAUUUGCUCGUUUCUGGUGCUCGGCGUGUUUAAUUCGAUACUUUUAGACACUGAUUCAUCUCUAAGUGGCGACUUUUAAUCCACGUAAAAUGGUGUUUUACUUCACGAGUGCCGUGGUGGAGACUCCGUACACAAUCUACAUGGGAAAGGACAAGUAUGAAAAUGAAGAUCUAAUAAAGUAUGGGUGGCCCGAAGAUAUUUGGUUUCAUGUGGACAAACUGUCCUCGGCUCACGUUUACUUGAGAUUACCAAAGGGUCAUACCAUAGACGCUAUUCCUCCAGAAGUGCUGAUAGACUGUGCACAGCUGGUGAAGAACAACAGCAUCCAAGGCUGUAAAAUGAACAACAUCAAUGUGGUUUACACGCCGUGGGCCAACCUGAAGAAAACCGGAGACAUGGACGUAGGACAGAUCGGAUUCCAUCGACAGAAAGAGGUGAAGCUUGUGGCCGUGGAGAAGAAGGUCAACGAGAUCGUGAACCGCUUGGAGAAAACAAAAGAGGAACGCUUCCCCGACCUGGCGGCGGAGAAGGAGUCGAGAGACCGAGAGGAGAGGAACGAAAAGAAAGCACAACUCCAAGAACAGAAGAAGAGAGAGAAGGAGGAGCAGAAGAGGAAAAAGGAGACAGAGGACCUCAGGAAUUAUACAUCACUGAUGCAGAGUGAGAACAUGCAGACAAAUGAGGACGGCAACGACUCGGACGACUUCAUGUAGGACAUGAAUACGAGGCAGCAGCGAACAGACCGAUGACUCCUCUUCAUCACUGCUCAGAUCUGCUGUCAGGAUUCUGUUUGGCUGCUUUUGCUCGCUGUAACCCUGCACUGACAUUUUAGAAGGGGAAGGGGGAAUUAAAAAGAAGAAAAAAGAAGAAAUAAAAGAAAUGGAUACCUUGAACUUUUGGUCACGUUGGAGCAGAGAGAGCGAGUGAGCGGGUUAGCUUUGCGACGUAUGCCACGUGGCUGGUUCAGACUCUUCAACACAGGAUAACACUGUGGACGAGGGAAAAGCAGGAAACAGGAGGGUCAUUUUGGGGGGGAAAGAAAAUCUCAAGCAGUCAAACAGUGUGUGUUUGGCUUUUCACUUAAUUAAAGUGGUGCCUAUGAUGACCUGUCUGCUCAUUUUAUCCAUGUGUUUUCACAUCAUACUCCAUUGAGAACAACUGAUGUAUGAAUUAAAGUAUUGACUUGCUCAUUGGUGCUGCUUGUGUCAACAAUGACAAAGACACUAUUAUUUUUUAUAAACCUGUCCCAGCCUCUGUUGUUUUUUGCAAAACGUUCCCUUUUCCCCCUGUAGGUGGCAACAUUAGCACAUCUACAGUGUCUUGGUGUAUGCAGAUGAAUCAGUAUGAUUGCUUUUCCUUCCUUCAAAGCAGCAGAAACAUGUUUAUAUUAUAUGACAGUGACUCUCCUUUUGAGGAUCUGUGGCUUUUACAUGUGGAGAGAAUGUAAUGAGCGGGGCUGGUAUUUUACGUCCAUGAGGUGCUUUGCAUGUAAAUCAUUUAAUAAAAGUGUUUCACUACAAACA